AUGGUUGGGAGGAAACCUUUAGUGGAUCCACUAAGGAUCAUAAACGCAGUACUCUACUAUAAAAGUGCAGUACUUGAAGAAAACAAUGGUGUAAAAAAAAUUGUUGUAGCAUCAAACACUGUAUGGUCAGAUAUCAGUAAUCGACUAGGUGGUUCUAUUAGCAAAAGUGCGCUUUAUAUAUUUGUUCAACAAGGACGCCAUGGUAUACAUGAAAAGCUUGGAAUUGGUAUAGCAAACAAGAGACUUGACUCUGAAAAUAAUGUUCAAAGUGUUGAGCCUAUCGUUGCAUUUGGAUCAUGGACAAAUAUUUUAGCUGAACAUACAUGGAUGCAUACAAAUUUACCUUGCUGUAUUGCUUUUAGAAGAGCUAAAGUUACAGAUGAAGGAAACCAUUUUAUUGUAAUAGAUGGAAGAUGUUCAAUAUGCUAUUCUUAUUUUAAGGGAGUUAUAUUUGAAAAACCAUCAGAAAAUUCUAGAGUUCUUAUGGAAUGCACAUACACUGGACAGUUUGAUGAUCCACAUAAAAUAAUUAAAAAACGACGAUUAACUGGAAAAGCUAAAAUCAAUGUGGUGUCGGCUAUUGUAAAUUGUGGAAAAUCUAGUGAAACAUAUAGAGAAUUUGAAGCAGUACGGCUCAUGAAACCAGGUGACCCUGAACCUGCAAUUAUUCCAUCUGGUGGAGCUUUAAGAACUUUAAAAUGGAGACAUAAUUCAGAGAAACUUAGAAAUAAAGACACAAUAACAGCUUUGGCAUUAAUGAAAGAAGAAGAAGAAUACAAGAAUGUCUUACAAGAUAUGGGUUGUUUUCCUUUUUUUCUACAUUAUCAAAGUAGUGAACAAAUUCAUGUGUACCGGGAUUACUGUCGAAAUUGUCCUCGACCAAAAAUUAUAAUCGAUGCCACUGGAUCUGUUAUUAGUAAUUUCAAAAAAUGUGGUAUGGAAAAAACAAAAUCAUUGUUUUUAUAUGAAAUAUUAGUAUAUGAUGCUUCUAAAAAACAUAGCUUUACAGUGAGUAACAUGAUAAGUGAACGGCAUACAAAUAUUGCUAUAUUUAACUGGUUUGCAAGAUGGCUUAAUUGUAAUGUUCCGUCUCCAAAAGAAACAGUGUGUGAUCAGUCAUUAGCCCUCAUAUCUGCCAUAGUACAAUGCUUCACGCAAUAUUCAUCUCUACAAGAGUAUCUUAAUGUAUGUGCUGAUUUGACAUUAAAUCAGUUAGAUUCAAAUUCUCAUUGGCUGCCCCGGUACUUCGUUAGAACAGAUGUUGCUCAUUUUAUAAAAAUGAUAACUAGAUGGCCACCUCUAAAAACAACAUCUAGACGAGUAAAAGAAAUAAUUCUUAGAGUGUUUGGGUUAUUAAUAAAAAGUCAAUCCAUUGAAGACAUUUAUUCUUUAAUUUUAUCAAUGUUUAUAGUACUUACUAGUGAAACAGAUGGAAAUGAUGUUGAACUGGGCCAUGAAACAGCUUGUGAGCGCCAUAAAAUAAGAUUGAUAGAGGCUACAUCAUCAGGAUUUAUCAAUUUUGAAGAAGAGUUUAAUGAAAUUAUGCUGAUGGCUGAUAACGAAAAUGAAGCACGAAUUUUAUUGGAGGAAGAAUAUGACCGACAAUAUGAAGGUCUGGAUAAUUUAAACAAUCCGUUUAAAUCCUGGGCAGAAGAAAUUUUAAAAAGAAGUGAAUUAUUGUUAAGAGAAGGGUCAGGAAUUAAUGCAAUGUACAUGCCAACUUUGAUUCCACACAUAAUUAAAUGUUUAAAACUUCUCCCUUUAUGGUCUGGGUUAAUGGUACCUAUUUUUGGAUUUGGAGAUGAAACUACAAGUUCUGCAGCUGUAGAAUCCAGCUUCAAAAAACUUAAAACAUUAACAUUUAAAGAUAUUUCGCUUCCUACAAAUAUUGAGACGUUUUUAGAAAGACACAUAAUUUCACUGCGUGGUACAUCUCUUUUACGGUCUUCACAUCAAAAUGUAUUAUUAGACAGCCUUCAAUUACAUGCAAAUAAUAACAGUCAUCAAACUGAAAAUGAAGUCCAAAACGCAGAUAUUAUCAAUGAUCAAAGUGAAAGAGAAGACUUAGUACCACAAAUAGAUAAUGUUAGUAAUAUUCAAAGUGACAAUUUAAAUGAAGAAGACACAGCAGUAGAAAGUUGGAAACGUAGAUCUAAAAAACAAAGGACUACAAAAUCAUACCUUGUUCCUAAUCCUCAUUUAAGGCAUUUGGACAUAAAUAAAUCGAAAAAUAUAUUAUCAUUGCCAUUAUUAAAAAAUGGAUCUAGAGCAGAGGAACUAAAAAGUUGUGCUGUCCAAAGCAUUGGGAAAAUAAUUAUGAGCAACACUUGUGCGUUUGAUACGGUUUCCUCCAUUAUUAGGGUUGCUUAUUGUGAUAGUAUCAAAUACAGUCAAGAAUUAGACAAUUUUUUGGAAAAUAAUGAAUAUUUUUCAUUUAUAUCAAAAAUUGUAAGACAAGGUAUUACAUCGUCAACUUAUUCAGAUAGAUCUAGUAUAAUGGUUGGUAUUUAA